AUGACAACAGGGAAUGGUUCCAACAAUAAGAACCUUCAUGACAUUAGUACCUUCGCUGGAAGCUCAACAAGUGACGAACAUGCCGCCCUGAAUACUUCUUUCGAAUCCGACCCUAGAUCUAGUGGUUCCUAUCCUUGUCAAUAUGAAAUGAGCAGACAAGCCGAGCUAGCCUCCACGAAUUCUAGGUCAGACGACAUCUUCCAUAAAGUGAAAAACUUUCUUCGACCAGACAAAACACAACUUCCCAAUGACGACGGUUCCUCUGGUUGGCCCCAUCAUGGCAGACCCUGCAGUCCGAUCUCCAUAUUUAAACAACAGACAAAACAUAUUGUCAGCCCCCGGAUCAUCUUCUCGGGUGCAUUCGCCGCAUCGGCAGUCAUUAUCUCCAAUACCCAAAGCCCGGCGCUUAUAAUAUUCAUCUGGAACCUCCUUGCUAUUGUGCCGCUGUCGAUCACGCUCACAGAAGCCACUGAGAGAAUCUCCCAGGAUUUGGGGGAGACCGCUGGCGCUCUCCUCAACAUCACCAUAGGGAAUCUAGCGGAGCUUAUCAUUUUCACUGCUUUGAUGAAAAACAACAUUAAAGUAGUUCAAUCGUCACUCCUUGGCUCCAUCCUUGUCAACCUCCUGCUCGUCCUCGGGUCUGCAAUCAUAGCAGGCUGUAUCUCAACCAGUGACGUGACGUAUAACACUGAUCUCACACAGUCAUUUGUGGGACUUCUGAAUCUCACAAUCUCUUGCCUCAUGAUUCCAAGCGCUUUCUAUGGCAGCGUGAAGAGCGUCACGUCUGCUGAUCAUAUGUCAUUGUCCUUCAGCAGGGGGGUGUCCAUCAUCCUCCUCGGCACAUAUUUCCUAUACCUUUUCUUCCAGUUCAAAUCACACGCUCACUUGUUCCACUCUACCCGACUUCAAGUGCCACAUCCGACCGACCCUCAGCAAUAUACAGACGACCUCGAAUCGCAUCCCACCCAAGUCGGAAGCGCAACGAGUAGAGAUAUUCGGCAGCUAGAGAUGCAAGAGGUGCGAUCGCGGUCGUGUUCAGUCGAUGCACACACAGCAGCAGCAAUGCCACUGUUUCACACCGAGCCAUCCGACGGAAGAACGAGCCUCCACCGACAACCGGAACCACCUAUUGGAGACUACGGACCUUGUAGUUGCGAACGCUAUGUUGUUAGGUCCAACCGAACGAUAUCAGUCACACUCCUCGCCCUGUCAACAAUUCUCAUCGCUGUAUGCGCCGAAUACUUCUCCUCAAGCUUCUCAACGCUCAACGAACAGGGCGUCCUCGGUGAAUCAUUCGUCGGGUUGAUCGUCAUUCCCAUCGCCGGAAAUGUUGCCGAGAAUGUUACUGCGGUUGUUGUGGCCUCGAAAAACCAAAUGGAUCUUGCUAUCAGUGUUGCUCUUGGAUCAGCUAUUCAAAUCGGUCUCUUGGUUUCGCCUGCUAUGGUGCUUAUUGGCUGGGGUCUCGAUAAGCCCAUGACCUUGCACUUUGAUAGGUUCGAGAUGGUCACACUUAUUGGGGCUGUUCUUUUGGUCGAUUUCAUCGUUCUCAAAGGAAAGACCAAUUAUUUGGAGGGCGCUAUCUUAUGUGCCUGCUUUGCGGCUAUUUCUGUUGGCGCAUACUUGUUGCCGCUCACUUGA